AUGGCACCAAACAGAGAAACACUUGUUGCCUCUUACUCAAACAGUGAUAACAAAGCCCACAAGCCCCGUACACUUUCAAUGGAAAAUCUCCAAAGAACAAUAUCUGACAUCUCAUUUGAGCUCAACAAAGAAGCAAGUGAUCAUCAUGCGAAGCUCACACCAAUAUCUGAGGUAGAAGAUGCAAAGUGUGAGUGCUGUGGCAUGAGUGAAGAGUGCACCCCUGAAUACAUAAAGCGAGUACGUGACAAGUUCUCAGGGAAAUUGGUCUGCGGGUUAUGUGCAGCAGCAGUUAAUCAAGAAAUGGAGAAAAAUGGAGGCAAAAAAGAAGAGGCCUUGAACGAGCACAUGAAUGCAUGUGUAAGAUUUAAUAGGUUUGGGAGGGCAUAUCCUGUAUUGUCCCAGGCUGAAGCCAUGAGGGAGAUGUUAAAAAAGAGUGCAAGUCUUAGAGCCAACUCCAUCAGUCCUAGAGAUAGAGGUGGACAAAAGAAUGGUCCUACUGGCAUUGCAAGAAGCUCUAGUUGUAUUGCAGCAAUCACAAAGGAGAUUAAUUAG